AUGUCGCUGAACGCAUCAUCCGCUCGUCCGAGCCGCCCGGGCCGCCCGGGCAAACCCGGAAGACCUCCCGGUCGUCCGCCACUAGCACCUUCCGAUCAUCCGGCCUUGAAACUAAACAUCCUCUCCCAAGACAAAUCAUCAUCGCUAGCCAAACUCCACCCUGUGGAAAUGCCCAACGACGCCAUCGUGGCAAACCUCCAGACAUCCUACCCGAAAGAGAAACGCUGGCGUGAUUUCAGAAACGAUCCAAACUACAUCUACGUUCUACAAUGGAUUGCUCAGUGUAGAGGGUAUGUCAAGUUGGCUCUGGAGCAUUUUGAUGUGGAUUUAUUUGAAAUGGAGUUGUUUGCGUUGGUGCAGCCGCCGCCGAUCGACGACUUGGCGUUGCUUUCAAACCGUCUUCGUUUGGCCUUGUUGCUGAAGAUCCAUGGGAAGAAGAUUCCUCUGUUAGGGCUGUUUGAGCCAUUGUUUAGGGUUUACUUUGGCAGUGAAACGCCGUUGAAGGGGCCAAACGAAGAAGAGGAAACUGAAUUUGCCGCUGCUGAUUGGCCCCUUUUCGAUGACUUGUUUAUUGACGAAAAGUUUCAAGUGCUUGCAUUGCUUAUACUGGAAGUAUCCAUGUACCAAGACUUCCGGGAGUUUAUCGAUAAGAAUAAGCUUUCGGCGGCGGUGCUUCGACCGGAAAGCGUGUUUCGGGAAGCCAAGGGUGCUUCUGUGGAGGAGUAUAUUGUUGUUUUUGAUGGAACGGCUUGUUAUAAGCGAACUACCAAGACUGUGGAGCUCCAAGUGCCCAAGAAACGAAGCCUAGCGCCAGCAGACCCUGACGAGGCGUUGGGCGCUCGUCCAUUUGACGUUUCUGUGGUCAAUUACGAAGCUGUGUUCAGAAAUAUCUACCAACUUGAUGCAUUCAUUACAGAGUUAUCUGGAAAGAAGAACAAAAAGAACAAAACGUUGCUUGAUGUGGUGAAAAAACCUGAUUUCGUGGAGAAUUUAUUCACUUUUGAAACAAAGAAACGCCGGAUUAUUCAUCACCGCCGGAAAGAAAGCGAAAUGGCUCGUCUUCUAGCCACCAGAAAACGUUCUUCCAGACUUGAAGCCAAGGAGAAACAGCGGUACCAUGAAGAACAAGAACGUAAGGCCCAGGAGCUUGAAGAUCUUCAGUACGCCGUCAUGAGACGCUCUUCCCAUAGAACCAGAAACAGAUUCACCGAUCCGGUGCCUAUGGAUUACACUGGAGGCAUCACCAGGGAAGAACGGUUAAAGAAACGGUUGGAAGGCACGCCUGAUGUCUCUGAAGAGCCGCUGGGAUCCACAGAACCAACAGAAGUCGAGCCAGAGGUCAAGAACGAGGCGGAACAGGAUAUUGGGAGUGGCAGCCCUCAGGAAACUGAAGAUGUCAUAGAAACUCCCCAGGAAACUCCCCAGGAAGCUGAAGAUAUCAUGGAAAUUGAUGGGCCAGGGAAACCUCAGCCCAACAGCAACUUUCAGGAAGUCCAGCAAGUCCAGGAAACCCUGACGGGUUCCCUGGCUGGUUCCCUGGCCCCAUUCACGCUUCCAGAAACCAUGCCAUCGCCAAAACUUGCCGAAGCUUCACGAGAAACGUCAGAAGGCCCCAACCGGCCCAACCCAACGCCUAAAGGUGAAGGCCAGAGCAUUGUUUCGUCUUUCCCAGCCACUCCCACGCCAGCUGCUGCCCUGCUGGUUUCGGUUGCUAACGGGAUAGAUGACCUGGAGACGGUUCCAGAGUAA